AUGGCCGUCGAACCUACAUCCAACCCAACCCUCGUCAGCGGGAACUACCACGCCCAUCACCAAGCCAAUCCUUACUCUGCUGACGCCUACAAUCCAUCCCACGCUCCCGUCAACAGCAUCUCCUCCGCAAAUUAUAGCAAUAAUAAUCAACAACAUAACAAUUCUUCAGCUCCUGCUGGUGGUUCUGAACCCAAGAAUGACAUUCCCAAAGAUGAGGUGGGAUGGUUUUUUGUUGAGCAAUACUAUACCACUCUCAGCCGUAACCCCGAAAAACUGCACCUUUUUUACUCCCGUAAAUCUCAGUUUGUCUCUGGUAUGGAGGCAGAAAAGGUUACGGUUGCUGUUGGACAAAAGGCUAUCAACGAACGGAUCAAGGAACUUGAUUUCCAGGACUGUAAGGUCCGUGUCUUGAAUGUGGAUUCCCAGGCCUCCUUCGAUAACAUCCUCGUUUCAGUGAUUGGUGAAAUUUCAAACAAAUCUGAGCCGUCUCGCAAGUUCGUCCAGACAUUCGUGCUAGCUGAGCAACCAAAUGGAUAUUACGUCUUGAAUGAUAUCAUUAGAUACUUGGCCGAUGAAGAGGAAGAAGCCGUUGUUGAGGAAGCGCCUGUCGAGGUCGAGGAAGCAGCUGGUGCUGUGGAACCUACCGCGACAGCUCUAGACCAGGAAACAACUCCAGAGGUUGUUGCCAUCGAGCGGCAGGCAGACAAUGAGACCGCGGUACAAGAAAUUGACGAGAAGCUUGAACAAAUUAAUGGCGACACAGCUCCUACCCCAGCUGCUGAGCCGCAGCCCGUAGGUGAAUCUGUAGACGAUAAAGCCACUGCGCCUCCUGCUCCAUCCUCGACCGCCGUACCCCCAACGCAGGCAGCCGCCCCGGUAUUUCCCGAGGUCGCACCCGAAGCCGAAAAGGCCAAGGAACAAGAGCAAACUCCCGCUGUACCUACUCCAAAAGCUUCAACUCCCGUACUAGAAAAGGAGCCUGCGCCUCCCGUUGCGAAGGUACCAAUGAGUUGGGCGUCCAUUGCUUCCAACCGCGCUGGUAUCCCGGCGGUAGCAACGCCUAUCGCGGCCACCCCAACCCCAGCUGCGGCAGCACUCGCUUCUCAGAAGGCCCCUCCCCCCACCCCUUCCCAAGCUGCAGCGACGUCCGCUGCGCCAGCCGCUGCUACUCGCGCUGGAGAAAGUGAAAACCUUACCAGCCAGUCUUCAAGUGGAUCCGAAUGGCAGACUGCUGGUGCGGAUCAUGGCAGGAGACAGGGCCGCCCUCAAUCCGUAUCUACAGUUGGAGAGGAGAACACCCGCGGACUCAUAAAAAAUGUCAAUGAAAAGGUCGACGCGGCGCUCUUGAAACAGGUCAUGUCCCGGUUUGGAAAGCUUAAGUAUUUCAAUGUGAACAGACAACAGGGUACCGCCUAUGUCGAGUUUGCGGAUGUAGCCGCCUACAAGACUGCUCUCUCCUCGAACCCCCACCAAAUCGGAACCGAAGAAGUGACCGUUGAGCGUCGCCGCCCCGGCGGUUUUGGGGGGAAUUCCAACUACGGUUCUAGUCGGGGAGGCUCCGGACGUGGCCGUGGUGACGGUCGUUCUGGGAGCCAGGGAGGCCGUGGCGGUUUCCACAACGAUUCUGGCCGCUAUACCCCUCGCGGCCGUGGUGGAAACAUCACACCCAAAGGAGGCCGCACUCAGCCCCAAGCUGCGUAG